CUCUGGGAUUGAGGACAGAUACGUCAGGUUGCUUCUUACCCUCUAGAUCACGAAUCUGCAACAGAGUGUCUGUGACUCGGGCGCAAAGCAAGCAAGGCAAAGAUCAGCAACAUCAUCUGCUUAGAGAGUGCAAACAUCACCCGUAGCACGCCCCAGAGGAACAUGGCAUUUGCUGGGAUGUUGAGUGAUGAGGACAUCAAAGCUGCAGUCCAGGCAUGUCAAGCUCCAGGCACAUUUGACUUCAAGUUGUUCUUUGCACAAGUGGGACUGACUGGCUUGUCUGAGGCAGACAGGAAAAAAGUGUUUAUAGUCCUGGACCAAGACAAAAGCGGUUUCAUUGAGGAGGAGGAACUGAAAUUGUUCCUGCAGAACUUCUGUCCAGCUGCCAGGGAGCUGACAGUGGCUGAAACAAAGACUCUGAUGGCAGCAGGGGAUAAAGACAAUGAUGACAAAAUUGGGAUAGAUGAGUUCUGUGAUCUUUUGAACUGAAGACAUAGAUACACAAGACCACAUCGCUGUGCUCCUUUCUGAAUUCUUCACUCUCCACACUGGCUAAAGACAAAAAAUAAGUGUCCCAAACUCUGUACCUUCCUGCUGGUUUCCUAUUUGAUGUAUUAACACAUAAAAACGUUUAACUGACAAAGGGCCAAAACUGUAUGUGUGCAUUUUAUCAAUGUGGUCUUCUGAAUGAAAUAAUAAAUGGAUUUCAGGUCUUA